AUGGUUACUUCUUGCAUCAACUCAGCUUUUGUGAACAACUGCACCAUCGGGAUAUCAACAGAACGCCGCCCUGGUUCCCAACACCACCAACGCAGCUCGCGACGCCGACCACCAAGCAGAAUUCAGGUCUCCAAUUCUGCAGCCGCCCCUCGCCCAUAUUCCUCGUCUCCAUCCGACCAAAAAGCCGCCUCAGCGUCCGCCAAUGUCAACACGCCACCACCGCCUAAUGCUGACGAGCCAGUAUGGGAAACCCUGGCCGGUUGUCAGGUAGUCACCGUUCCAUCCGCGACGAGACCCGUAGCCGUUGUUCGCUUCACAGGUGGGUUUGCUGCCGGCAUUGCUCCGCGAGCUUUAUACGGUCGUUUUCUUGAGGAAAUCGCGAGGCGCGGAAAUGUCGCAAUAGUGGCAGCACCGGUAAACCCAUCAUUUGACCAUCUUGCUCUUGCGGCGGACGCAUCUGAAAAGCUUGGUGACGCAACUCGUGAGCUCGUUGGUAGAUGGGAUGUGCCAUGGAUUCCUACGUUUGGAAUGGGACAUAGCCUCGGGGCCAAAGUGCAGCUACUAGCGAAUUGUGACGAAGACGCGCGACAGGCUUUGGGGCCUACUGUGGCAAAUUUGUUCCUGGCCUUCAACAACUAUACUGCAAAACAAAGCAUUCCCAUGUGGGACGCUAUUCAAUCAGCGAUAGGCGAGGAAUCAACUGCAAAGUCUAUCAAAGAAUUGAGUAAGGUUGCCGAUUUCUUGCGCAGUCUCGAUCUAUCCGGGCUCGCUGAUAGCAGAAGCGCAGAUUCGGUAAACCAAGCAUCUGACGUUCUCAAAAAGGUUGGAGAUACGAUGAAGUCCUUUGCAAGUUCAACUACGGAUGAAUUCACUCCAACUCCUGAUGAAACUCUUCAGCUUGUUCGAAGCCGUUACAAUGUUCCAGAGAACUUGCUGAUAUCGUUCAGUCGAGAUACGCUCUCCCAAAAUGAGGCGCUCGAGGACGUGCUUUGCACCAGAUUUGGAGCACGCAGUGCAGUGAUUCGGAAAUUGGAAGGCACCCACGUGACACCUCUUACCCCGAAUCUAGGUACGGGGGAAGCUCCUGACUUCGCGGGUGUUGGUAUACCCGGUCUUAAUGACCAGGUUCGAAAAGCGGCGGGGGGUGUUUCUACUGAGUUGAAUGCAACCGUUGCAGUAGUGGUAGCGUUCUUGCGUUUGCAUUUAGAAGUGCUGGCUGAAAAGCGAAUGCUACCAUAGUUAUAAAUCGCAUGCGCUAAAGUUUUACAGACCGUCCUAUCAGUACUGUUCUAUCGUAAAUCACUAGGGUUAAAGAAGCCCCACUCCAUG